CUGACGCGUGUCGGGAGCUUAACCCCCGUUAUAAUGAUAAAGUUCCAUCCCAUAUGAUGUAUUCUUGCAUGAAUUCAACUGUACAGCCCCACCAGUGCUACCGUAUGAUACAGGCAUCUACCUUUUAUGGAUAUGACGGAUCCGUAGAAAGCAAGAGCUAUGUAUCUAAUUCAAUGGUUCCCAUUAAGCGGCAAGCGUUAUUCAAUUUUGGAACUUCUCGAAUUCAACUUUUAAACCCCGUGACCGCAAAUCUCAAAGAAAGAGAAUUUACUAAACGCUGUUGUUCUAUGGAUGAUAUUAAUAAAUACAUGCCGUUUCAUUAACAGAUACAAGAGCCGACGCUAGUGAAUGCAACCGCGCGUCCGUGCUACAGGGAUCGCCAAGGCCGCCGUUUUUAGGACCCUACCCGUCUCCUUGGUGGUGUUUUUCGGACUCGUUGGGUAGGCGUCUGAGACUUGUUUCCUACUUUACAGCGCUCCCAGCAUGCAUUAUGACAUGGGAUUGCUACGCCGACGCCGAAUUUACUACCUCGUCCCCCUCGUCUUCGCCUUCGUCCUUCUCAGCCCUCCACUAUGGCCAUCCGUGAGACAAUUCGGUGAUCGCGUACGGCAGACUUUGCCGUUCGCGUAUCAAUGGAAAGUCCAGCAAGAUUUCGUACCGACCCAACACGAGCUCGACUGCCUCCACGGCAAAACCCCGAGAUUGAAUACCGGUAGCGAUGAACAGAUAGAGCCGAUCCCGAAUCAUGUCCAUUUCAUAUACGGCCUUAGCAAUCCGUACAAUAAGCCCAGCGCCGGCACCUUCGACUUCCUCUGCUAUCUAGCCGUACGGAGCGCAAUUGUGGGAAUGAAGGCGGAAAAGAUUUCGCUCCACUACACCUACCUUGCAGACCCACCGUCGCCUGAACCAAAUGCGUCUCCUUUAUCAAAUCCGUGGAUCCGGCAUUUGAAGGAUGAUAUUGAGCUGGUAUACCACUCACCGGAGGAGAUGGCAGCGUUGAAGAGUUCGCCCGAUGCGACCUGGCAAGCCGCUCACGUAUCCGACAUUCUCCGACUGAAGCUGCUUCAAGAGCAGGGUGGAAUUUAUAUGGAUAUGGAUGCUUUCGGCUUCCGGCCCUUCACCAAUCUUCUUAAGUCGCCGCGCGAUAUCAUAUUAGGUCACGAAGGCGGAAACCGCGGAGGUCUGUGCAACGCCAUCAUGGUAGCUCGAAAGAACAGUUCUUUCAUAGCGAGGUGGCUUAGGGAAUAUAGCGGCGCGGAUCUUUCCCAGGAGUGGAACUACCACAGCGUCGUUCUUCCUAAAGAACUUGAGUUGGAACACCCGGACGAGGUCUGCACUCUGCCCCCGAACGCUUUCUUCUGGCCGACUUGGACCUGGCAUCACAUCGAGUUCAUGCACGAACAGCUGAGUUCAGACGAGGCGCGCAAAUGGGCCGCCGAGAUAGACAAGAACGGCGGUAGUCUCUACGAGGAUCAGCUCGCUUACCAUGCCUGGAGCCAGAUGGCUUGGGAGAGACAUCUGAGCAAGUUGACGCCCGAAGUCGUGAGGAAACGCGACACGAGGUUCAACAUGCUCGUACGAGACUUUUUGCAGAACGACUUGGGGCGAUAGUUAUGGAAUUAGUCGGAUCAGUGGAAGCAAUGCUGGAGAAGCGUGACGUUUAAUGAGUGAAUAGGAUUUUACCUAGUUAGUGUUUGUAUAAAAUUAGCAUCCUAAGGAGUUUGGCCAGAGGUACUUCUAGAUCAUAAUACAGCUCUGUAUUUCUCGAAGAUUUCAUUUUGAAUAGCGUCUCGAGUGAACUUUGUUCGCUGGAUAACUAUUACGAACUGAAUGCUCCGGACAUUCACGUAGUUAACUAGGUAAAUGAAUCGAUCC